GAUGUAAACAAACCCACCGUGCCUCGCUCUUCCAUUCCUCCUUCCUUACUCACUGACUCACUCAUUCACUGACUUACUUGGAUACUUUGAGAGAAAACAAACCACACCACCUCCAACCUAAUCUGACAGUCAGACACCCCAGGAGGGCAUGGCGUCGGCAGGGGCAAGGGAGGGUGAGGAGAAGGACUGCCUGGGGUGCCGGCUGGUGGGGGGCGGGGGAUGCCUGGGGCGUCCCUAUAUGUAUGGUACCACGGCGCCCGCAACACACACCCCACUGGAAGGCUCGUCACUAUGCUCUUUGCUGGCGUGCUGGGAGGAGUGGGAGUGACAAGACUUCUGCAGCUCCCACCCUUCAACAAGAAGACCACCACCACCACCAACACUACUGCUGUCUCCUAAUGCAGCCUAACCACCCCUUCCACUCCUCCUUCAUCCACUUGCCGCCAGUCCAUUCCUGCGCUGCCUUUCGUCUCAGCACCUGUGCUCACCCCAGCACCAGAAGAGAGAGAGUGCCAUCCAGUAGUGCCAGUAUGAUGCCAAGGCUGCUCCUCCUCCUGGCCCUUGUGGCACUGUGCUCGGCUGCCCCGAGAGACCCUCAUAUCAUUGCACUGGAUGAGAAAUCAGUUUAUCUUGAAGCUGAUAUUCUCCCAGACAAGGAACAGGUGCAGAACAAGAUGGCAGUGAGGGACAACCACAGACUCUGGCCGGGGGGUCGGCUGCUGUACGAACUUGCUUUUGACACAGAGAACAAUCCGUACGUGAGGGAUUUAAUUCUCUCUGCGGUGGAUGAGAUCAACACUGAAGGCUGUGUCACUCGCCGCGCCUCUCGCUCAGAUGUGGACCACGUAUCCAUCCGUCUUGGCAGCGAUUACUCUUCUCACUUUGGACGGCAGGGGGGCGCUCAGAACCUUACAGUGGUGGCUGAAACCAUACAUAGGGGGUCAGUUAUGCACGAACUGAUGCAUGCACUGGGGUUCGGACAUGAGCACAACAGACCAGACCGAGAUGACUAUGUGGUAAUUGACUUUGGCAACAUCCAGGAUGCCGCCAAGCCUUACUUCAAGAAAUACACGCCCAAAGACCCAGUGAAGGACGAGCAGCUUGCCUACGACUACCUGAGCCUGAUGCACGCCACAGACAUGUACGACGACAGAGUGAACAUUGACACCUCCAAGCCUGUCAUCUGGAGGAAAGACGGAGGCCAGGACUUAGGACAGAGGAGCAUGCUGACCCCACUAGACAAACAAAGGCUGAGGAAAAUCUACAGCUGUGAAGUGUGCAAGACUGAGACAGCAAACAACAAGCUGUUCAGAUACCCCGGGGACUGUUCCAAGUACAUUUCCUGCUCCAACACCUUCCCAUAUGUCAUGAACUGCCCCUCUGGUCUUCACUUCAGUCUGGACUACAACCGCUGUGAAUAUCCCAUCACUGCCAACUGCACCAACCUCACUAGUGUUUAGUGUCUCUGUUUCACUCUUCACUGCUUCACUUCACUUCUCUUCUUGUGAGUUAAUAUUGGUACCAUAUUUUUUUUUUCUUUUUUUCAGGUGUAUAUUGUUGUAGUUAUUUUAGUAGUUUAAGUAAAGGUUAGCUCUGUAUUCCUCCCUCGUCACUGUCAUGUGUUUUUGGUUAGUUUAAUAUUUGUGUCAUGUUUGCCCUCCAGGGUUUAACUCCUUCAGUACUAGAAUGCAUUUUUACCUUGAGUUUUAGGCAUUAGUAGACAAUUCUAUUACAUUAGGAAGGGUCAAUGGAGGUCAGGAGAUUAAUGGCUACAGUCCUCACUAUUUUCAUC